UUUAAAUCGGACAUGAAACGGUAACGUAUAUGUUUCAUUACUGUAAGAGAGCUCACUAACUUUUAAUUUCUGCUUGAUUUUGUUUAUGCUUUUAUAGCAAAUUUGACUGCUUUUAAACUGUUGUGGUAAUUCGCAAUGCUUGAAAUAAUUUCUUGCAUUCCGUUUCGUACUGAAAACAAACGUUUCUAUUUUAUUUCCGAUUAUUUCUUCCUAGUUCCUUUAUGUCUAGAGGAAUAGAUUGCUUUUGAACAGAGCUUAGAAUCAUAUUCUCCUCCAAAACUUUCGAAAUUGUGAAAAGUUUGUCGAUAAAAGUAUAUAUGCCUUACAAGCGGUUGAUUAAAAACAACUAUUAAGCUUCUAUUGAUAUUUAGCUCUAUACAAAAGGUCGUUAUUAGGUUUGGUACGAACUGAAAAAAUAAAAAGGAUUUGGAGUUUUCGUGUUUGAUUAUAGGCGAUUAAAGGGGUUUCUGUGUUUUUUUGGUUUUUAUUUAUAUUUUGUACAUUGAUAUUGUAUAAAGGAGAUUGAAUGGGCUUCAAAACGAAACAAAAAGUAUUUACAGAUGAGGAUUUAGAACAAAUUCCUUGUCCUCUUGAUCCCAAACAUACCAUUGCGAGACAUCGACUAGCUUAUCAUUUAAAACGGUGUAAUGCCAGACCUAUUGAGAGAACAGAUCCUUAUUACCACAAAGAUUUAAAUUUGGAUUCUGUUGAUGAUGAUUCCCAGCAAUACCAAUUCGAACUUUGCCAGCUUCCGAAAGAAGAAGUUCAUGAAUGGAUAAAUCUAUUUAUGCGCGUUGGUAAUAGCCUUUCCUCACCAGACACUGAAGUACUUUUUCAUCCUAUGAUGCAUGCUAGAUGGAACGAAUGCAGUAAUAAGAAGCAUGCGACUCAACAGGCUUCCCUAUUAGGUCAUAUGGAAAAAUCAUCCUUUUUUGAGUCUCCAGAAAGUGUUUAUUUUGAGUUUGGCGCUGGUCGCGCUGAAUUAUCUCAUUAUGUGCAUCAUUGUCGACCCAAGCAUAACGUUUAUAUUUUGAUAGACCGUGAUUCGAAUCGGCUGAAGCAUGAUUCUAGGAUCAUUAAAGACUCUCAGUUAAAUGGGUGGUCCAUUCCUGAAGUCAUUCGUUGCAAGAUUGAUAUCAAGGAUUUCAAGAUUCAGCAUUUCAUGAGUCAGCAUGUGCGAAACGAAUCCGGACCUAAGAAACCUCAUUUUGCCUAUUCUAAGCACUUAUGUGGUGCAGCAACAGAUCUUACAUUGAAUUGUUUAAGGCAUGCUCCCCCAAAUGCCAUUCUUAUUGCUUUAUGCUGUCAUCAUCAUUGCCGGUGGGAAGCACUAUCUGUGCGUUCACGUUCACAAUUAGAGAAAUGGGGGAUUCAUGGGAUUAAAGCUUUUCAAGUACUCCGCCAAAUGACAGGUUGGGGUACCAAUAGCCUUCGAGAGCAAAUGCAAGCUUCAGGUGGUGCUGACACUCAUUACAGUGGUUUGACGCAUGAGGAACGUGUCCAAAUAGGUUUGAAGUGCAAACAUAUCAUUAACACUCUACGAAAGCUUGAGUGCGAGCGUAUGGGUUACAACGCUCGCCUUGUAUAUUAUGUGAAUACCGAUGUUACAUUAGAAAAUGUCGCUCUUUUAGCAACUAAAUAGUUAAAAAUAGUAUGUAAAUAGAAAUAAAUUUUGAGUGGUAUAGAGUGAGCUUUGUUGACAAUUUUCGCUGAUUUAACUGAAAAGGAAGAACCAAAUUGUC